UUAUUAGGGUACUUAUUCCGCUGUUGAGAACAGAAAUGUCUACCUCUAUCUAAACCGGUAACUCGAACUUGGAACCGGCUUUCGCGUUCGGCUAGGACAUAGCCAGGAUAAACGGUCAAAUAUAUUGCUCUUGUAGGUAGCAGUAGUUUCAAUUUUGAACAUAUUGAGUCGUGAAUUAUGAACGCAUAGAUAGACGUCUAUGAACGUUUACGAAUAACAACCACAGUAUUUUGACUGCGUAAUGUCUGAUUUCUGAGCGUAUCCAGUCUGCUACUCAUAUGGCUCAUAGGCCAUGGCUUUAACGUUUUAUUUUUUUAGAUAGUAAAUGAAUGGGAACUUUUUCAAUGUGAAUAUUAUCGUAUUAUUAAUCUUGUGUUCUUGUCGUGUUUGUUAUCAGUUGCAAACAGAGACAUCCUCCACCAUUUCUGUGUCUGACUCCCAUUGAAGAUGUUUUCCACGGCCACAAUACACUUUGUGGAGGAGAUAGGUGAUAAUGAUGGCAGCUUGAUCCCUGUGUCCAGUCUGAUUGAGUCAGACAAACUGGUCCCUCUCUCACUGGUUGUGAAACGCAAGCGUUUUUGGAUUUGGCAGAAACCCAAGUACCUGCCCACUGAUUUUACCCUCAGUGAUGUGCUGACUGGAGACACACCCUUAACCCCAGUUGUGGUCAAGACUGAUUUCCUAAAGUACCAAGGGACAUUUGGUGACAACAAAUCAGGAAACUUUGAGUCAAAUGUAGUUGCUGUAAACCUUAAAGUGGAGGGGAAAGACACAUCUAAACUGCAGUCGUCCUUCGGCAGCCUGAAGAAAGAGGAGGUGGAUGUACAGAAGUUGCUGCGCGACUCCAAAGACAAGCUUUUGGACAUGUCCCACUGUCUGAUCCAGCAGACCCGUGAGAAGACCAGGGAGGUGUUUGCGGUGGUGAAGGAGAGGAUUGUGACGACCCAGCCGUGUUCGGUCAUAGAGGAGGUCCAGCAGGGGGGGCAGAUAGGGGAGCUGCUGACCUUCUGUGGGCCCAAGAGCACCCAGGUGUCUGUGAAGGAGAACAGCAGUCUGCACAAAGACAGCAACGUGUCUCUGGAGAUUCCUGCCCAUACCGUCAUCGCUUACUCCAUUAUUGAGCUGCAGAUCAAACUCAAUGGACACUAUGAGCUGUGCCUAAUGUCCGACACUCUUGGGGGGUUUGAGGUGGAUGGGCCCGUUAAGAAGAGCUUAGUGGGGGUGUCUGGCGCUCACGACGACACCCCAAAGAAGAGCUGCUUUCAGAGAGAACUGGAGAAACUGAGUGGUCAUUUCCAGGUGCUGUCAGUCCUGCCAGCAGCCACACGUUCCUCCCUGCUCCAGCUCCUCAAGACAACCAUGGAGGACAGAGAGGCAGUCAGUGUGCUGGAGAGUGUGCUGGACCAGAUGUGCACAGGUAAGACAGCUGACCUGGGUGAGGUUAAGGAAGCGUCUCAGAUGCAGACAGUCCAGGCCAUACUGGACCUUCUAGAGCAUUCCGACUCCAGCCCGACACCCUCCCUCCUCAGUGACUCCAGCCCGACACCCUCCCUCCUCAGUGACUCCAGCCAGACACCCUCCCUCCUCAGUGACUCCAGCCAGACACCCUCCCUCCUCAGUGCCACUCAUCCCAUUAUCAGUGCCAUGGAUGGAAUGACAGAUGAGGGUCUCUCUGUGUUGGGAUCGUGUUGCAGUCCUCCAGUCUUACAGGCCCUGCAGAUCCUGGUGCAGCAUGUGGCAGCAGGGAGUGGGGAGACCCUCUCUCUGAGAGAUGCAGGUCUGGCUGUUCUGACUGAGGAGGUGGUGUUUGGGAGGACAGAGAGUCUCUUUAGUCACUCUAAAGUUACACUGAAGAGAGAAGAGGACACACUGAGGACAGAGAUGAAAGACCAGCCUGGAUACCUUCCUCUAGUCAUGAGUAUCACUGUGAAAGGCCUGGCCUCUUUAGUGUAAGGAGAGAGACUGAGUAAGAGAAGGAGGAGCGGUUUCCUUCCUUUCCGGCAACUGAGUUAGGAAGGGCGCCUGUAUCUUUGUAGCGACUGGGUGUAUUGACUUUGGAUUAUACAUCAUCCAAAGUGUAAUGAAUAACUUCACCAUGCUCAAAGGGAUAUUCAAUGUCUGCUUUUUUUACCCAUCUACCAAUAGGUGCCCUUCUUUGCGAACCAUUGGAAAACCUCCUUGGUCUUUGUUGAACCUGUGCUUGAAAUUCACUGCUCGACUGAGGGACCUUACAGUUAACUGUAUGUGUGGGGUAGUUAUUCAAAAAUCAUAUUAAACACUUAUUGCACACAG